UGCUGGCCAAUGAAACCGCUUCAAGGAUUUUGACUGGCGGAAAUCAGUAGGCAAUUUAACUGUUGAAAAUCAUCGAAGGACAGUUCCAAUGACAUUGAAACUGGCAGUAAUUCGAAAAACGCGAUUUAGAGAAGCUUUUCUUGUGUUUUACACAGUUUCAUUAUUACACGGCUAGUAAGGCUCUCCCCGAGAGUAGCCAGUAGCGACAUGACAAGCGAGACCAGCGGCUAUUGGAAUUUUGUAUCUCUUUCGCUCUCCUUGUUCAGUCUGUUCGGCGUAAUGCACGUCGAGUACACGCUCCAGUAUCAUAACCACAACUGCAACAACGACUCGAUUACCAAGGGAUGGACACAAGACAGUGAGACGGGAGAAGGGAGUCAUUACGGCACAAGUUGGAAAGACAACAAUCAUGAUACUGUCAAGCUAUUCGCGUCACAAGACAGUGAAACGAGAGAAGGAACUCCUUACACAGGUCUGAAAGACAACCAUCACGAUAUAGACUGGCAUGGGCUAAACCGCGGAGAAAAAAAUAAAAAAGAUGCAAAGAUGAGAGUUCGACGCAACGACAAAUUUGCAAGCCGUGAAGUCGUCAACGAUAAACAACCAAUAGCUUCUCUCCCUUCGAAAAAUGUCACGUCACUCGUCAAUCUUUCAAUGAUUCGACAACUCAUAAAAGAUGAGCUUCAAAACAUUCUCAAAACAGGCGUGUGCGUCAAGAACCGAAAGAUGUGCAUCCAAGGGCCUAAAGGGGACAGGGGCCGGAGAGGCCCUAGAGGCAGACAAGGGCCUCAAGGGAAAAGAGGACCUAAAGGUCACACAGUGUACAGGAGAACUCAGGGAGCAGUUGGUCAGAAGGGCGAUAGGGGCGAAAGAGGACCACAGGGGCCUCCAGGUCCCAAAGGACCAAUUGGACCCAAAGGAGAACCAGGCCCUCCUCUUACAAAACCGAAAAUUACCACAGGAUCCCCGAAGUCGCGAGCGAAUGUGAGUACUAAAGCGUGGCUCCCGUGUGUUGCUAGUGGCAACCCUCAUCCUGUGGUCACGUGGCAGCGAAGGAAUGGUAGUCUUCCGCAGAGACGUAGCAAAGUUGAAAUGAGUGGACUCUCCGUCAGUCACGUGACUACGGCUGAUCAGGGGGAGUAUGGGUGCGAGGCCAGAAGUAUCAUGGGGGUGGAGGUGGUAUGGACGGAGCUCAUCGUACAGGUCCCCCCUCGCUUCACGCACAAGCCUCCAAGUUCUAUCAUAGUGGAGGAAGGGGCCAAUGUGACGCUGGAAUGUCGGGCCUCCGCUGAACCAGCCCCUGUCAUAUCAUGGACCACAAGCCGAGGCCCUCCGCGAUCAGGGACCUCCGUUAAAAUUGGUACCUUGGUCAUCUCCGGUAUCGGUAAAGACGAAGGUGAUUUUUACAAGUGUAGGGCAAGUAACCUGCUUGGCAUUGUAACCACGAGGACAAUGCUUGCAGUACUAGACAGGCUUCGAUUUACGAUGAAGAUGCCUAAACAGCAGACAUUCUACAUGUUUGAGCCGAUUGUGGUUCCCUGCCAAGCUAAAGGGGCUGUGGGCACAAUAUGGCAAAGAAAGAAUAGGAUGAUGCCAGAGAAGGCGCGCACACUAAUUAACGGCACACUCUUUUUACCAAGGGCGUCACCCAGAGAUAGCGGGACGUACACUUGCAUAGUCACAAACCUGCUGCAGCGUCGAAUAACAGAAUCGGUGGAGAUAAGUGUGCUGUACCCAAAAUCAUGCCACCACAUUAAACAACUUCGACCCGCCACACCAUCGGGACAUUACGUCAUCGACCCGAACGGACCUGGUGGUGAGUCAAGUUUCAGAGUUUACUGUGACAUGAAUGACAAGGGAGGGGUGGGGGUGACGGUCGUCAGUCAUGAUAGCGAGGCAAGGACUUUGGUGGAUGGAUUUGAUCUCCCUGGCUCGUAUCGAAAGACGGUUCGCUAUGAUGGAGCGACAAUGCAGCAACUUGCUGGCCUGACAAGGGUGUCUGCGAGCUGCGAACAACACAUCGAGUACGAAUGCCAAGGGGAUGCCGCUCUUCUUAGUCCUUAUGGCUGGUGGGUAUCACGUGAGGGAAUAAGGCAAAACUACUGGGGUGGGGCCACGCCUGGGAGUGGGAAAUGCGCCUGCGGUAUGACGAACACGUGCGAGCAUGGUAAGAAGUGCAACUGCAACAACGUUUAUUCGCCACACCUUAGGAGUGAUAGCGGUCUGUUCACGGACAAGUCCACGCUGCCGGUGCUAGAGCUAAGGCUUGGUGAUACGGGCACUAAUGAGCGAGGAUGGCACACUUUGGGAAAAUUCAAAUGUUAUGGCAGCAUUUAAUUGAUAAAACAGGAAAACCAUGCCUAUACCUUCAAAGACAGAACGUUUAACCAAUCUCGUAACAUUAUAGUACCAGCCUGUUUAGUAUAUGUACUCUAUUUCUAUUAGACCUUUCAUUAUUAUUACUAUUAUUAUUUCAAUAAAACCACGAGGCCAUUUUUUA